GAGUAAAACCUUUUGUGUGUUAUUUUACACUUACAAAAAAUUCAUACUGCAAAGCAGCAACACGGAAUAUUAAUUAUAUCGAAUAACAUCAAGAGUAGACAAGGAAACUAAAUCCAUCUACAACACCGAUAACUUUUCUAAAAAUGCUUCGUCUUUCUACUCUUUCCCACAUGGCCCCUUCUGUCAUAAUGCUGAACAAAGGUCACGUCGUCAGUUGGAUGAGUGGUCGUGGGUUCGGGUUUAUCGAAGAUAUGGCUGACAAGAAGCAGCAUUUUGUCCAUUUUUCUGCCUUGCAAACCGAACCCGGCGGCUACCGCGCCCUUUCGGUUGAUCAGGAGGUCGAAUACGAGGUGACUUUCCAGGAUGGCCGUACCCGCGCGGAGAACGUCACGGCUCCCGGGGGAGCCAAACUUCCUUCCGGCACGCGGCCUCCGCAGGGGCCAGGGAUGGGUCAAGGGAUGAGUCAAGGGAUGGGCCGUGGUGGUGGGCGAGGGUUCGCGCGUAAUGAUGACAAUCGUGGGCUUCGUAAUAACCAACGUAGCGGCAAUGGAGGCAAUAGCGGAAACUUUAGCGAUGAUUUUUAACGUCCAGAAAGAAACAGAAAUAAUUAAACACGACGCUGAUGACUACAAACGUACAGAUAUCUAAGAAAGAGAUUAUGAACUAUAUGCCAAGUCACUUAAUUAUAUGGCUUCAGGGAUGUUUCAUUUAUUUUAGACAUAUCUACACCUUUCUCAGCGGUUUCUCCCAAUGAAGCACUAUAUUAGAUGACCAAUGCUGUUUAUCCUUUCUUUGUUUUUUUCUAGUUAGCGUUUAAAAAACUUGAUAUUUUUUUAUUGAAGUGAUAUAGAGUUUAGUAUGAAAUGGUGUAAAUAAAUAACGGGUUCAUCACUGGGGAAUAAGGGAAGAUUUUUUGAGAAAUUUACAGUACAUGGGGGUUAUGAUAUUAUAUAUAUAUAUAUUGUUUCCCCCUGUUCUAUAUAUUUUUUAAAAAAUUAUCUGAUAAUGAAAAUGCCUCAAACGUUCUUAGCAGAUAGCGAAAAAUGAAUUAAGCAUAUAGUAAGGUCAGAUAUCUCACAAAGUAAUAAAAGGAAUGCGAGUGAUUACUAAAUAUAGGCAGAUAGAGAAG